GCCCCGCUAUCCUGCUGAACAGUGUCCAGCCUGGGGCUUAAACCCUCGAGGAACCGGCUCCGUUCCCCCCCCUCUGGACCGGCGGGGGUGAUCCCGGUCCUCACCCUGAAGUCCCGACCACUACGACUGAGACUAAGGCCUAGCAGCACUACCAGUUGCAGACUCUAAGAUGGCAGAGACCGCGCGUCUAACCCCAAGAUCUCAGUGCAUGAAAGAUGCCCACCCCACAAACGCAGCUACCAACGCGAUUCAGCGGCACCAAAUGAUCAGACACCCACAAAGUCCAGCCGUACAUACGCAUCCUGGCACCCUAACGGAACACCUACCUCGGGUGACUCUUCAAGCUCCUGGCUCCGGUAAGGGGAUGGAACAGCAACUAGCGGCGGGAAAAGGGGCACAGCAAGCCAAGCCAGUGCCUGCCUGA